UUCGCAUACAGCAAGCAAUUUAAAAAACAAGUAAAUGCUGCAAAAUAUAUUGCAUAUUUAUAAAACAUGUAGCAUAUAUAGUUACUGGAUUUAAAGAUACUUUUAAUUCUAUUGCCGUUGAACAGCACUCACAUCCUGAACACAAACAACAGUGUUACAAGCUCUGAUGACGACCAGCAAAGACGAUGUUGUUCCAGCAUUUGGGAAGGACAUUAGAAAGGAGUUUAUGCUACGUGAGAACAGUGUGUUUCUAAACCAUGGUGCUUACGGGAGCAUACCAAGAUAUGUACAUGAAAGACAAGCCAGGUAUUUGACUGAACUUGAGUCACAUCCAGACAUUUGGUUCCGAUACAACGUUUGUACAUACCUUCGAACAUCAACGGCUAAAGUGGCAACGUUUAUGGGUAUACAUACCGAGGACACAUUCCUCGUGCAAAAUGUGACUAGAGCUAUAAAUACAGUUCUGAAGUCGUUUCCUCUACAGAAAUCAGAUGCGUUCCUUAUUACGUCAUUAACGUAUGUUGGUGUAAAAAUGAUCUCAGCUGCGACUGUUGCUAGGGUGGAAGAUCAUAUAACAAGCCCAUCAUCUAUUGUGCUACCAGUCAAACAUAUCGUAGAAGUUUGUCAUCAACAUGGUAUGGUUAUUGUCGUAGACGCUGCUCACAUUCCAGGUCAACUUAAAGUAGAUGUUCAGGACAUUGAUGCUGAUUUCUAUACCGGUAAUUUACACAAAUGGCUAUUCUGUCCUCGGGCUUGUGCUUUCAUUUGGACGAAUCCAAAACGUCAUCAUGCUUGGUUCAAGCCCCUAGUAACUUCUACUUUGGACAAUGAAUCUUUGCAUGAUGCAUUUGCACAUGAAGGAACAAGAGAUGACACGUCUUACGUUUGUUCUGCUGACGGAAUUUAUUAUUACGAGCGACUAGGAGGAAUGUUUAAUGUAUUACUAUCAUUGAAAAAUUUAGGGUCUAUCUCUACAUUCAAUGUUCACGUUUAUAAACAUAUGAUGCACAAUUUGCUUACAUACUUUAAAAUAAUUCAGGAAAAAAUUGUGCAGUACAAUUCUACAUUAAUGGCGGAAGGCAUCAAAUAUCUCGAAGAAAAAUGGGGAACCAAGUGCCUAGCUAUUCCCGAGAACAUGAAAGCACCGUGUAUUCGUAUACUACAACUACCGUUUAUACCAAGAUUUUCAGACAGUUUGGGAUCAGAAGGUACUGACGUAUCCAAAGGGAAGAACUUCGAACUGAAGAAACUGAUCUUGGACCGCUUUGAUGUUUCGUCUUGCGUAGUGAUACUAGAAGGACAACUGAUGGUUAGGGUGUCGACACAGGUCUACAAUACCAUGGAUGAUUUUAUCAGACUAGGAGAAGCUGUAUUAGAACUUACUCAAAAGGAGGAAAAUGGACCGUGACAAGUGCUCAUACCGAAACUGUGAUAUUCCCAUUUUAUCUGAUAUUUUGGUUAAUAGGUCAAAUUGUCAAAUUGAAAUUACAUGUCAUAGAAUAGACUGAUUAGUAUGUAUUACAAGAGGCAAUGAAAAGGUGUUGUUACGAUGAACGACUAAUUGCCUUGACAUUAUAUUGAUGAAAAGUAUAUAGAUAUAGUAACUAUAACAGUUUUAGAAUUAUUUUAGAAUAUAUCCUUUGUUUUUAGAAAUCAGUAAACACUUAACAUAGGCCUGUCAAGUCAUAAAGCUAAAACGUUAUAUACGUGCAUCAUUAUAUGCAAUGCACCAAUUGUAUGAUAUGAGUAGCAACCAAAUGCAUUCCACAUUGAUGAUUUAUUUGUAUUAUACUGUUAUAGUCUCAUGCAUGUAAUAUGCCAUGACUAAAUAAAUAAACUUGAAACUUGAAACAUUUCUG